AUGGGCAAUAAUCCAGUCUUUGCCGUCACGGUCUUCUUCAUUCUUUUCCGAGAAUGUCUCGAGACAACAGUGGUUGUCUCGGUCUUGUUGGCCUUCUUGAAGCAAACGCUGGGAGGCGAACAGGACAAGAAGACGUAUAAAAAGCUAGUGAAACAGGUCUGGCUUGGAUGUGGAUUAGGUGUGGCAAUUUGUCUGGCUGUUGGUGCUGGUAUGAUCGGUGCCUUCUACGGCCUGGGAACAGAUACUUUCUCCGCCACGGAGGAUAUCUGGGAAGGUGUGCUGGGAAUUCUUGCCUCGCUCAUUAUCACUAUCAUGGGUGCUGCCCUGCUCCGUGUAUCGAAGCUGCAGGAUAAGUGGCGAAUCAAGCUUGCAAAGGCACUGGAGCACGAGCACAGCCCAAAUGAGACGCGCAAGGGCCGGUUCAAGCGCUGGACGGAGAAGUAUGUGAUGUUCAUGCUCCCCUUCAUCACCGUGCUCCGUGAGGGUCUCGAGGCCGUCAUCUACGUCGGUGGUGUGGGCCUCGGAUUGCCAGCUUCGUCCUUCCCUCUCGCCGUCUUCUGCGGUCUGCUCGCUGGAUUUGUUGUUGGCUAUAUCAUCUACCGCGGUGGACGUGAGACGUCUAUGCAAAUCUUCCUCAUCAUCUCAACCUGCUUCCUCUAUCUAGUCGCCGGCGGUCUCUUCUCGCGCGGUGUCUGGUACUUUGAGAACAACACCUGGAACCACGAGGUCGGCAGUGACACUGCCGAGGUAGGCUCGGGCCCAGGAUCGUACGACAUCAGCCAGAGCGUAUGGCAUGUCAACUGCUGCAACCCUCUCAUCGGCGGUGGUGGUGGCUGGGGUAUCUUCAACGCUCUUUUCGGGUGGACUAACUCGGCCACUGUGGGUUCGGUCCUUGCAUACAACUUCUACUGGAUCUGUGUGAUGGUUGGUUAUGGAUUGAUGAUGUGGCGGGAGCGUAAUGGACCCUUGCCUUACCUAGACCCGGCCGCGAAGAAGUUUGCUAAGGCUAAGGGUCGGGCAAAGGCAUUUGUGUUCCGCACUACAUGGGAUGAGCCUUACUCGGAUGAGCCCACGACUGCUGGCCCUGUCCAUGCGAGCGGUGCGAACCUGGAAGCAGGUGUGCUACAGACUGAGAAGGGUGCCGAGUCUGGGGUGUCUACAGUUGCGCGACACCCUUCGGCUUAG